AUGCGGCUGCUCCAACUCCAAGAUGGUGUUCUGAGCCUGACUAAAGACUUUGUGGACAACAUUCCCCCAUACGCAAUUCUUUCGCAUACAUGGGGAGAAGAUGAACAGGAGGUUACGUUGCAAGAUGUGAUGCAGGAAAAAGCUAAAGGCAAAGAGGGAUAUCGAAAGAUUGAGUUUUGUGGCAAGCAAGCCGCCUCUGACGGCCUUCACUAUUUCUGGGUAGACACCUGCUGUAUCGACAAACCAAACCUCACCGAGCUUCAAGAAUCUCUCAACUCCAUGUUCCGUUGGUACCAGAAUGCCGCUAAAUGCUACGUGUACUUGGCAGAUGUUCCAAAGAAGGUCAUAGUCGAUGACUUAUGCCAAGCAGACUGGAUGUUGGAUCUACGAGCGAGCAAAUGGUUCCGUCGAGGCUGGACACUUCAAGAGCUACUUGCUCCGUCAACAGUAGAAUUCUUCUCAUCUGAUGGGGAAAAGCUGGGUGAUAAAGCAUCACUAGAGCCACUGCUGAACGAAAUCACCAAGAUUCCCGUCACAGCCCUUCGAAAUAGUCAUCUAUCGACAUUUAGUGUGGGAGAGCGGAUGUUGUGGAUAGAAGGCCGUGUAACCAAAAAGGCAGAAGACAUGGCUUACUCUCUAUUCGGCAUCUUUGACGUUCAGAUCCCGUUGCUUUACGGCGAGGGGAGAAAAAAAGCAUUUGGCCGGCUUCUAUGGGAAAUUGACCGCUAUGAUUACCAAAGGAAGGUAGCCAGGGAAUUGCCUAUUUCUCCCGGGGCCGCUUUUGAUUCUCGCGCUGAAGAACAUAAUUCUACAUGCUUGGAAGGUACUCGAGUUGAACUACUCUCUAAAAUAUCUAACUGGGCUGAUGAUCGGCAAUCCAAGGCUUUGUUCUGGCUUAAUGGCAUGGCGGGUACCGGAAAGUCAACUAUUUCGCGUACACUAGCAUCGUCAUAUGAUAGACGAGGUCGUCUUGCUGCCAGCUUUUUCUUCAAGAAUGGUGAAGCUGAUCGAGCAUGUGUUUCGAAGUUUUUCACCACCAUAGCGGCUCAGCUGGCCCGGUACAUUCCAGCAACUGCGCAGCAUAUCUACAGUGCCAUCAGCGCAGAUCCUGCCAUAGCGGAAAGAUCAAUGUCAUCGCAAUUCGAAAAGCUCAUUUUGCAACCUUUCAUACCUAGCAGGAGUGCGAUGCCACAAGCUCCGUCAUGCCUACUCAUUGUGGACGCCCUCGACGAAUGUGAAGUUGAGAAAGACAUUAAGCUCAUCAUCAAGCUUUUCUCUGAUAUUAAGCGAAAGGCUCCUGGAUUGAAGGUUUUUAUCACCAGCAGGCCCGAGCUACCCAUUCGACUUGGCUUUGGAGCUACUAAAGGCGCAUAUGAUAAAGUGGUCCUUCAUGACAUAGCUGACUCGGUGAUCGAACAUGACAUAUCUCUAUUCCUUGAGCAUGAGCUAGAACAGAUAAGGUACGAAUACAAUGAAUCCGUCGAAGAAGAGGAACGACAGCUGCCAACUACCUGGCCUACAGAACAAGAUAAUCGGGAUUUGGUCAAGAUGACAGUUCCACUUUUCAUCUCCGCGGCGACGGUUUGUCUCUUCAUCGCAGAUCGAGUAGGCGGCAACCCUCGGAAAAAGCUUGAAAAUAUUUUGAGAAACAGGACUCGAACUAAAGGGUCUGAGCUCGAUUCUAUGUAUUUAGUAGUCCUCGAGCAGCUACUUGCAGGUCUUUCUGAACAAGAUUCGCAGGAGACUUUGGCGCAAUUCCGACAAGUCGUUGGUUCUAUCGUCGUUCUUGCGAAUCCUCUGUCGCCAUCUGCAUUGGCGCGAUUGCUCCACCUGCCAUUGGAGGAUGUUUCAGACCUUCUAGACCUUUUACAUUCCGUGCUCAACGUUCCGACAACAUCAAAGCAACCUGUUACUCUGUUGCACCUGUCAUUUGGCGAUUUUCUCCUAGAUCCGCAGCGAUCAGCAAACAAUCCAUUUUGGAUAGACCAGAAAAAAAGACAUGAACGAUUAGCAACUGAUUGCUUUCGUACGUUGAAAAAAUCACUUCGAAAUGACAUUUGCGGGGUUCACCAUCCGGGAACGGAACAUUCGUCUAUCGACUCACGGAAGAUCAGCACAAUGUUGCCCGCUGAAGUCCAAUACGCAUGUGAGCACUGGGCAUACCAUCUACGUGAAUCCGGCAUAGAUAUAUUGGACGGUGGUGAAGUGCAUACGUUCCUCUCUGAGCACUUCCUCCACUGGCUAGAGGCUUUGAGUCUAAUCAGGAGGCUAACUGAGAGCGUGAAUACGAUAAGACUUGUGCGGAAUUUGAUGCCGGCUAAGGCUAAUACACAAAUCGCGCGGUUUUUGGACGACGCUAUUCGAUUUAUCCUUGCUUUCAGUCCAGUUAUCCAUGAGGCUCCCCUCCAAGUAUACUCAUCGGCACUUAUAUUUGCACCUCAAAAUAGCAUAAUCCGAUUGUCUUUUGAAAAUCAAAUACCACGGUGGAUAUGUCUGAAACCAAAAGUGCCUCCCAAUUGGAGCUCAAAGAUGCAGACGCUUGAAGGCCACAGAAGCGGUGUAGAGCAGGUUGUCUUCUCACCCAACUCGAAGUUCGUAGAGUCAUGCUCGCGGGAUAAGACCAUCAAAGUCUGGGCCGCCGACUCGGGUGCUCUGCUGCAGACGCUGGAUGGCGAAGGCGCAGAGAUAAAAUCAUUUGCAUUCUUCCCCGAUGGGGAGAUCUUGGGUUCAAUAUCAUACCAUGGGACCAUUCGGCUGUGGGAUAUUAGCACAGGCGCGCUACUCCAGAAACGAGAGAUCCCGGUCAAGCUGGACGGUGUCAAUUCAGCUGCUUUCUCAAUCGAUAUGAAGCUGUUAGUAACAGUAUUAGGGAAUAGGCUGGUCCGAAUCUGGGAGACCGGCACAGGCGCGCUGCAGCGGACUCUGGAGGGUCAUAGUGGCGUAGUAAUGUCAGUCGCGUUCUCAUCUGAUGCGAGUCUCGUGGCCGCAGGCUCGUAUAAAGACAAGAUCUGGGUUUGGGACACCGACACAGGUAUGGUACUACAAGCAAUUACAGGUUUUACCAGCGCCAACUCUGGUGUCCGUUCUACUGCCCAUGGGGUUUCGUUCUCGCCCAAUUCGAAGCUCUUAGCGUGUGCAUCGGAAAGUGGUAUGAGAGAUGCCACUGUCCGAAUUUGGGAUCUCGAAACGGGAGCACUACUACACACGGUUAAUUACAACGGUAGGCUCAAUUCGGUCGCAUUUUCUCCAGACUCGAAGCUCAUAGCGUCGGCGUCAUCUGGCGGAAAGAUCCAACUCAGGGCCGCUGACACAGGCGUCAUGCAGCAGCUAUUCGAGGGUCACAGCAACGAGGUUCUCUCGGUUGCAUUCUCCCCUGAUGGGAAUGUUUUGGCUUCAGGCUCAGUAGAUGAAACUCUGCGGCUGUGGGAUGUUAAACUAGAUGCACUGGUAGAGACACACUACAGUAGCUCCAUCCGUUCGCUCUCUCUCUCCCCCGAUAAGAGAACUGUGGCUUCAGCAUCCAACGGCCACACUGUCCAGCUCUGGGAUAUUUACUCAGGAACGUUACAGUGUACACUUGAAGGCCACAGCGGGCCUGUGGUGGAAGUUGAAUUCUCAGCUGACGGGAAGACUGUGGCCUCAAGCUCAGAGGAUGGAACUGUCCGGCUUUGGGCUGUUGACACAGGUGCCCUUAGACACACGUCCGAAAAUUGUGACAGGUUCAACGCUGCUAUUUGGAAGUUUAUGCUCUCACCCGACUCGAAGCUUGUGGCCUUGAGAACCAAAUUUGACAAUCUUCUGCUCUGGGUCACCGAGACAGGUGACCUCAUACCUUUCAAAAGGGGCCAUUCGCUCAAUUUCAUACAUUCACUCGUAUUCUCACCUGACUCGAAGCUCCUAGCCGCAGUAUUAGAGACAGAAACGGUGCUAUAUUUUAACGUCUCAAGCACAAAAUCGUGGAUAACUGACGCCAAACCCAGUUACUCGGUGAUUGAGCGGACCCCCGAAGGUCGCUACGAAAUGUACACAUCAGCAGUUUUCUCGCCCGAUGGGAGCUUGCUAGCAUGGCCAUUGAGCGAUAAGACUGUUAUGCUUUGGGCUACUGGCUCAGGUAAAGUACAACACAUUCUCAAAGGUCAUGGGUUUAAAGCUAUCUCUCACCUCGCUUUCUCACUCGACUCAAAAUAUGUAGCCUCGGCAUCAGAAGAUGGGAGCGUGCGGCUCUGGGAAACUGGCACAGGUAUGCUAUGUCACAUCAUUGAUAUUGGUCUUUGUUCACCAAGAGCCAAACUUAUAUUUCUUGCCACCAAUAAAAUCCAAACUGAUGCUGGGAUUAUCACUUUUGGCAAGCCAAACAUGGAUUUAGGUCGGGUUCUGGCAUCUGUACCUGGCUAUGGCCGAAAUUCCAUUUCUGGCUGUGGGUUGAAUUCAGAUGGCAGCUGGAUCACUUUGAACGGACGGAAUUGGAUUUGGCUGCCGCCAGAUUUCAGACCCUGUUUUUGGGGACUCCAAGUUGUGCUUGGCUCUACGGUUGUCAUCGGCUGCAGCUCAGGAGGACUUAUCGCCAUGAGCUUCUCAGAAGACGCGUUUUGA